CUCAAUGGCCUGUGGCAGAUGACCUCAAAAACUCUUCCACAUCCUUGGCCUUGCAAGACCAAAGGAAAUGGAUCCAUAUAGAACAGAACUACUGGAAGCUGAGGGCAAGGUGGAUUCUGUGCACGGUUUUACAAGGUGAAAUGACCUACUGGGAAAGGCCACCGUAUAUUCCAGCCAACCACAGACUAAAUGUAAUACAAACCCCAGAUUCCUACAAAACUUUAACUUGGCCACAAUGAUGGAACAAUACUGGCUUUGGCGAGGUACAUGAUAUAUAAUGUGAUUUACACAUGAUAUACGACACAAGUGGUCUUACCCCACUAGGUGACAGCAGAGCUCCAUCCAGUUUGUUUUGGAUCUCUCUUAGUUUACUUGUCCCAUGGCUUGAUGAUACAGCAAUUAAUACUCUGUACAUAUCCCAGGUAGAUACAUUUUUAAAUUACUUCCUUUUAUAUGUGUCAGAGGUUCUGGAUUGUGACCUACACCUAUAACUGAUGACAUCACUCCUCUGGCACUAGAGGGAGGUAUUCAUAACACCUGGAGAAGAAGUCCUGCGGCUCACAUUCUCAUCAUCCCUGUUUUCUGACUUAUCUUACUAAAAACAUGAGGAUGCAGUUCACAGAAAAGAACCACAACAGCGCUGUCCUGCAAGCACUCAACAAGCAGAGAAAGAACAAGGAGUUCUGUGACAUGGCACUCAGUGUGGAUCAGCACGUCUUCUAUGCCCACCUUAGUGUGCUGGCAGCUGUGUCUACCCAUGUAAAAAAUUUAAUCUCAAGCAAUGACAUGAAGACAGGUGAUGAACUCUUUAUCAUCAUUGACUCAAACUUCCUGGGCCCAACUCUGGUGGAGCAACUGCUGGACUAUUUCUAUACUGGCAAGGUAUUGGUGUCCGAGAAGAAUGUGGAGGAAUUGCUGAAAGGGGCUAAAUAUUUCAGUUCAGCGUCUCUAAGAGUCCACUGCUCUGACUACCUCCUCAGGUCCCUCAAAAACAACAACUGUCUGUGCUACCUGUUCCUAGCAAACACUUAUGAGCUGAAAGAAGUGGCAAACAAUGCCUAUGCAGGUAUCCGUGACAAUUUCCAUUACUGGUCAGGCCCUGAGGGCAUUUCAGACCUCAUGCGCUGCCCCCACCAGACCUUUGGCAAGCUCCUCAAGGAUGAGGACCUUCAUGUGCAAAAUGAGGACCAGGCUUUCCUUGCCCUGCUUCAGUGGGUGAAACACAAAAGAGGAGAGAGAGAGAAAUAUUUCAAAAAAUUCUUCCCCUAUAUCCAUUUAACUGGUGUCUCAACCAAGACGCUAAUGGCUGCCAGCCAUGAAGUGCCACUGUUUGAGAGUCACUCUGAGUCCCUGGGUCAUAUAGAGACCAUUUUGAGAGACAGAAAGCAAGAUAGUCCUCAAAGCCUGCUACUUCUCCAAAGAAAGGGGGCCUUAAUGGAUUCAGUCGUGAUUUUAGGAGGCCAGAAAGAGCAUGGGAAAUUCAAUGAUGGGGUUUUUGCUUACAUUAUUGAGGAGAACAUAUGGCUGAAACUAACAGAGAUGCCAUAUAAAGCAGCUGCCCUUAGUGCAACUUCAGUAGGGAGGUACAUAUAUGUGUCUGGAGGGACAACAGAGCAGAUCUCUGGCUUAAAGACUGCAUGGAGGUAUGAUAUGGAUAAUAACUCCUGGACUAAACUGCCUGAUCUCCCCGUAGGCCUCGUCUUCCAUACCAUGGUGACCUGUGGAGGAGUGGUGUACUCAGUGGGAGGCAGCUCUGCCCCAAGAAAAUACAUCUCUAGCAUUUACAAGUAUGAUGAGAAGAAAGAGAAGUGGACCCUGGCUGGGAAAAUGAGCAUUCCAAUGGAUGCAACUGCAUUGAUCACAAAGGGAGAGAAGUUGAUUUAUAUUGUGACAGGGAGAUGCCUGGUAAAUGGGCGUUUCUCCCGAGUCGGGAUGGUGGAUUGCUUUGACACUCAGACAGGGGAAGUGGUGCAGUACCUCACCUUCCCCAUCGAAUUCAAUCACAAACCACUGUUGUCUUUUCAACAUGAAAACAUCCUAAGUGUACAGAGCCAUAAACAGAGUUUGGAUAUCAACUUGCGGAAAAUUAAAGCCAACAAAGCCACAAACACUGUCCCACUGUUGCCAAACAACUAUGCCUUAGAUUUAUCUCAUGCAGUGUGUUCUGUCGGUGACAACAAAGUAUUUGUGUGCGGGGGCCUCAUUUGCACAGGUGACAAACGUCCUGAAGAUUAUUCUGUCAAUCCAAACGCCUACCUUUUAGAUCAGAUAACAGGGGAAUGGAAAAUUCUGGCUGAUCCUCCAGAAGCUCUGGAUUGCCCCGCUUGUUGUACAGUGAAACUGCCUUGCAAGAUUCUUCGAAAAAAUAUAGUCAACUAAUUUCGAGAAUAAAA